CUAUCAACUGACUCAGAGCUUUAGCAUUCCUGAAAUGAGAAACAAUCCAUCAUUAUCUAGUAAAGAACAAUACACCCAUUAUCUUUUUAAAGCUUUGGUUACCAUCAGGAUUAUUCGAAAGAAAAUAUUAACUAUUUGGUGA